CACAGGACAAUGGGAGGGGGCACUUAACUGUGGCCAGGGGCUGUGGAGGGGAGGGACCCCUGGGUCCCAGUGGGCACCUACUUAUCAGCAGGUGGCAGGCUCGGGGGACAUCUGCCCGGGCGUGUUAUCAGUCCCAGAGUCCACAGGACGCUCCUGUGGUUAACAUGUAACCACCCUCUGGAGCCUCCAGCUUCUGGGUGCCGCAGGCAGCAUGGACGCUGGGGAAGGCGGGCUGCUCCUGAACACGCUCUCAGUGCAGGUCCGCAGGUGGCUGAGCCCCUUCAUCCUCACCUGCUCCAUCUACUUCCUCGUCUGGCUCCCCGAGGACCAGCCGUCCUGGCUCAGCGCCCUCAUCAAGUGCCUGCCGGUGCUGUGCUUGGCCGUGUUCCUGGGCGCCGCAGCCUCGGGGGGUAGCUACACGCGGCUCCUCCAGGUGGCCCUGCUGUGCUCGGCCCUGGGCGACGUCUUCCUCAUCUGGCCCGAGACCUUCCUCUAUGGCAUGGCCGCCUUCUCCGUGGCCCACCUCCUGUACCUGGUGGCCUUCGGCCUGUCCCCACUGCGGCCGGGGCUGCUGCUGCUGACCACGCCGGCCUUGGUCGUGUUCUGCGGCCUGCUGCUGCUGCACGUGGAGCAGGACAUGGUCCCGCCCGUGGUGGGCUACACGCUGGUGCUGAGCGCCAUGCUCUGGCGCGGCCUGGCGCGGGGCGGGGGCGCCAGCUGGGGCGCCGCGCUCUUCGCGCUCUCUGACGGCGUGCUGGCCUGGGACAUCUUCGUCCAGUCUGUGUCCAACGCCCGCCUGCUGACCAUGGCCACCUACUACGCGGCCCAGGCCCUCAUCGCCCUGUCAGCCCUCAGAAGCGCGGCGGGGCUCAAGACCAACUGACCGACCACUGCCCCAGCCCGUCCCCGACUCGGGCCCGCGGAUGAGCGCAGCCCGAGAGACGCCCGUGCAGCGAAGCUUCCCGACCAGCGCCCCAGCCGCCUUUCCUGGUUCUGAUGUGGAUUCCGGGCCCCUCGACCAGGCUCGCGCUUGGCCUCCCAGGCGUCCCCGUCCCCUUCCCCGCCGCUCCAAGUCUAUUUUCUCGUUGCCUAAGUAAAGUGGGUGUUGAAA